AUGACUACUAAGCCUCAAUCAUCCGAUAAGACCAUGGCAACUACUCAGUCGGAAACUACAAGUCCUGGAAUUCAGUUGGCCGAACUACUUACCAAGUUUGAGGAAAUGGCAUCUACAAUGACCGCCCAAAAGAAAUUAAUUGAUGAGCUCGUUGGUAGUGGAGUGCAACCUGAGCUUGCGUCCACUAAACAAAUGGAAUUCGAACCAUUUAUCAUUCCUACAAUGCAAACCACUUUUUCCAUGCAAGGUCCACCUGAAGGGACUUUCACCUACCCCACCAUCCAUCUACCAUACACUUACCCUCCUAAUCCUGCAUUUCUCCCUACUCAAAUGCAAGGUCCUCAACCUGAAGUCACUGCAAAUAUACCACAUGAGCCACAUACUUUUUAUUACCCCACCACUGAGCCUUACCUGCCAGACCAUGUUAUUCAAACCAAACCAGAGGUGGGAGGAUCUUCUGCUCCCGUUGAUAUGAAGUUGCUAAAGCGCCUGGACCGUUUUGAGGAGUUUAUAAGGAAAAGCCAAGGUGUGAGCGAGCAAGGAGGUCUAGACUAUAGCGAACUAUGCCUGUUUCCAGAUAUGCAAUUGCCGGUGGGUUUCAAAGCGCCCAAAUUUAGCAAGUACGAUGGAAAUGGCAAUCCCAAAACACACCUUCGGAUGUUUGCAAACAAGCUAGGGAAGCCGAUAGAUGAUGAGAAUCUACCUGUGCGCCUAUUUCCCGAGAGUCUAGAAGGUGACGCGUUGGAUUGGUACUCCAAUUUGAAGCCUGAGGAUAUGAAAUCUUGGAUGGAUUUGUCAACCGCUUUUAUGAGGCAGUACGAAUACAAUUGCGAGCUUGCUCCAACGAGGUCCACACUUGAGGGAACCAAGAGGAAGCCAUCGGAGGACCAUAAGACGUAUGCAAAAAGAUGGAGGAAAUUGGCUGCCAAAGUAGAGCCUCCCAUGACUGAAAAUGAGAUUAUUCGCACGUUCAUCAAAGCUCAUGACCCGCCCUACUUUGAGGAAAUUUUUCGAAUGACCGGGUGUUCCUUUGCCGAGAUGGUUAAUAAAUUGGAAGAAUUUGAUGAGUUUGUGAAGGCCGGGAAAAUUGUUAACGUGUCAACAUUGAAGAUGCAAUUAGAGGCUCUGCAAGGACAGAAUAACAGUGAGAAGAAGUCCCAAUUUAAGGGAAAAGAAAGGGAAACUGCUUUUGUUGGGAAACAGAGCCCCUCAGCCAGACCUAGAUUUUCAAAUCACCCUACUUAUUCAUCCACCUACCCAUACUACCCAAACUCUCGCCCUAUUCACCAUCCUCGACCCCGGCCAAAUUACCCAAACACAUCCACUAUACCAUAUCAUACUUCUCCACCAAACUUUCCAACUAGACCUCACCCUCCUUAUCAUCCAAGAUCCACUUUACCCGUCAACCCGACCUACCACUAUCACCAAACCAGUGACACCCAAAAUCCAACGCCAUACCGAACUUUCACCAAUUUGGGUCGGCCUGUUGACCAAUUAUAUGAGCAAUUGAAAGCAGUCGGGAAAAUUGGUGUUAUACCUCCUAAGAUCUAUUUUAACCGUUUUCCCUCUGACUAUGACCCUCAAGCCGUCUGCGCUUAUCAUUCUGGAGCUCCGGGGCAUUCCACCAAUAAUUGUCGGGCAUUGAAACAUAAAGUCCAGGAUAUGAUCGAGGUCGGAGAAAUAGUGCUAAGGGAAAAGGAUAUACAAGGAUCGAGUGUAAGUACAAAUCCUUUUCCUAAACAUAAGGACGCCUUUGAGACAUCCACCCCUCAUGAGGAAAUUUGA